CCCAGAACGCAUUCAUUGGUGCCCUGUUGAUCGCAUUGCAGUUGCUGUUCCACUUAUAUAUACACAUUAUACAUAUAUGUCUGAUAUCAGACAUUACAAUCAGAAUAUUUCCCGAAGGGAAAAGCGGUUGCAAUGAACAUUUUUCGAUAAGUUUUGUGGACAAACAUUUAGCACAUCACAAGCUAAAGUUGACGCCUUGUCGCAACAACAGAGUGAAAAGAGAAAAAGUGGGGGAAAGUUGCUGCGAAUCAGAAAUGGCUUGCAGUUGCAGCCCACUGUUCUUUGUCUUUCUGCGGAAGAACCUGCUCUACCUAAGAUGCAACUUCCUGCCGCUGUUCUUGAUCUGCAUCGGAUUCGGCGGAGUCCUCACCGCCUAUCUGCACUGGUCGACCAAGCCCGUGCAGCUCCAAAUGGAGGAGUUUGAGCCCAAAAAUGAGAUGGCGCUCAAAGAAACGUACUUUCCCGGAAAUGAACAGGACUACAUAUACUAUGCACCCCAAUCCUCGAAUGUGGAGGACAUUGUGAAUCUCCUGCGGGUGGACCUGGGGUUAAUACCAGAGCGACUUCGGGCCUACAACAACAGUUUCGAGAUGCAGCUAAACAUGGAGCAGCAGUGCCGGUCGAAUUGCUUCGCCAUCAGCUUCGACCAGGUGCCAGACCGCGGAUCUGGCGGAAAGUUUCGGUACAGCCUGAGCUCGAAUCAGAUGAGAAUUUCGCCCAGGAAGCGCUUCGUUAACGACGAGGAGAUUAAUCAUCAGAAAGAUGAUGACGAUUACAUUCGUGCCGGUUUCCUGACCUUGCAGCACAUUUUGGACAAACAAUACAUGAAGUACCAGGAGCUGGGGAACAACUAUGAAAUACUGGUCAGCUCGAUGCCAAACCUGGAGGUUAUUAGCAUGGACAGCCAUCGUCUGACGUACUUUGGCACCUUGUGCAGCAUCCUGUUCAAUGUGGUUCUACUCAGUACCUUUGUUGUGCCCUUUGUGGAGGAGAAGCAGAACGGACUGAAGGAGUUUCUAAACCUGGUCACGCCCAUGAGUUUCCUCAACGGCCUCACCUUCUUCCUCAUUCGCUUCGUGUGCUAUACAGCGCUGAUACUCGUUGUCCUGAUCGUUGCUUACUUGUACAAGGCACUGGGGCUGAUCUGCUUCGCUUAUGUGGCGGUGUUGUUUCUGCUUUAUAUAUUGUCCACCAUGUCGUACGCAUAUCUGAUCUCUGUUUGUUUCCACUCAGUUUUCUAUGCGAAGAUUGGCGGCCUGGUGAUGCUGAUCAUUCCCUAUGUGUUCUCCUUUGUCCGAAGCUGGGCCACAUCGCUGGCCUUUGUCUUUUUCAGCACCAACGCCUUUCUGGAGGGAUUGGAUAUUUUCCAGACGUUCUCUAACAAGCAUCGCGAAUUCGGGGCUGCGGAUCUGUUUCGUGAAAUCAAAUACGAUUCCUCUAGGAUGUUUUGGGUCUAUGUUGUUCUCGUUUUCCAAUCCUUUUUGUACGCCCUGCUCUACAACUACUUGGGUUGUGUGUUUCCUGGUCCUGGCGGACUAAAGCGUCCUAUUUUCUUUUUCCUAGAUCCCAAUACCUACCGAAAACGACAACGCAAUGAGUACACGACUGCUCCCCGCGGCACCCAAGCCAUCAUAAUCACCGAGUUGUGCAAGAAGUUCCAGACAAGUAAGCGUGAAACGCUCAUUUCGGACAACCUAAAUAUGACAAUCAACAACAAGGAGAUUACAGUCUUACUGGGCCACAAUGGUGCCGGCAAAACCACGAUGAUGAACAUGAUAAUGGGACUGGUGCCCAAGGAUUCGGGCAAGAUAGUUGUGUGCAGUGAGCGCGAUGUGGCCUCCUAUCGCCACCUGAUUGGCUUCUGCCCGCAGCACAGUGUCUUCAUGAGCUACAUGACCUGUCUCCAGCACCUAGAAUUCUUUGCCCAGCUGCGUGGAGCUGGUCGCUCCAAUGCCCGUGAUUGGGCAAAUGAGAAGCUAACGAAACUGGGACUAGAAGAUAAGAAAGACCAUUUCGGAAAGGAUUUGUCGGGGGGCAUGAAGAGACGCCUUUCACUGGGUAUCGCCAUUGCCGGAAACACCAAAAUUGUAAUUCUUGAUGAGCCCUCGUCGGGAUUGGACAUUAACUCGCGCCGUGAGCUGUGGGACAUCCUUCUGAAUCUGCGCAAGGAGAAGGCUAUUUUGGUGACCACCCACUACAUGGAGGAGGCCGAGGUCCUUGGGGACACCAUCUGCAUACUGGCCAAUGGCAAGCUUCAAAGCAUUGGGUCUCCUUUGCAAUUAAAGCGCAAAUCGGGCAUCGGUUAUCGCUUGAAACUGGAGGUCAACGAUUUUACGUAUCGCGAAAACGAAAUAAUGGAAAUAAUCCACGACUUUGUACCAACAGCCAGGGUCUUGAAUGUGGUGAAGCCCACUGUGUAUAUUUGCCUGCCGUAUGCCUAUAAAAAGUGCUUCGCUGAAAUGCUACACAAACUUGAGGCGAAAACAAAUCAACUGGGCAUAAAUACAAUUUCCAUGACCGACACUUCCCUGGAGGAUGUUUUCCUAAGUUGUGCCGGGGAGCAGGAUCAAGUGGACACCCCAGAUGGAUCCAGAAACGAUGCCCCGCUACUGACCCCCUACAAAAGAUUGCCCAGUCAGCCGCUGCAGCCCAGUCUUCUCCAACUUUGGAUGGCGGUCUUUUACAAGAAGUGGACCUUUAUCACCAACGAAUGGUUAUAUACUCUGAUAAUGCUAUCAAUUCCCUUUGUUUGCGUUUGCGGGGCCAUACUUGUGAUGCACGCCAUGUCCAUAGUGGAGAACGAGGAGGCUUUGCCGCUGAAACUCAGCCAGAUGGGCACAGGCAUUGUUUACAUCCACAAUCCGACGGGCCAUCACGCCCAGGUGGAGCAGCAGCUGCGUCAGCAGAUCGAGCUGAGCGGAAUCACGGUGAAAACACUGCAGCUGCGUGGGAGUAAUGAUGUGAAAAAUGAAUCUCUGGACUUGCAACGUGACAACUUGGCUGAUUUCUUGGAACAGGUAAUUGGCAUCCUCGACAUGUACGGCGGUGGGCGUGGCACCGCGGAUACGCCAACCAUUGAGAUCUUUUACUCGGGAAAUCGCUACCACAGCUCAGUGGAGCUCAUCAACUUGGUGGACUCCGCAAUGCUGAAGCUGGAGCGUCAAGAGGCGGACAUUGAUACGACCUACGUGCCCAUCCGUCGAUUUGUCAGCGAUAUAAGUCCCUCCCGCCUGGAGUACUAUGCGGUCAUCGUGUCCGUCGGCAUGUUCUUCUUCAUGUUCUACUUCAUCUCGCUGCCGUUCCGGGAAUACGCCAACGGAUUCCGCCAGCUGCAGACCAUGUCGCGAUUUACCUACUGGAUAUCUCAUUUUGCCUUCGAUAUGCUGCUCCUGAUCUUUGUCUGCGUCACACUCUUCCUUUUGCAAUACCUGGUUAUGCCCGCCGAGCUCUACUCCGUGGCGGAUCUAAAGGUCAUUGUAUUGAGCAUCUUUUUCUACUGCUGCAGCUACCUGCCCAUUCUGUACGCCCUGGGCAACAACUUCAAGUCCAUCUCAACGAUAUCCACCUAUCUGCUUCUAAUGCUGAUCGUGUCGGCCAUUGCCCCACUGAUCACCUCCAGCAAUGCGGCGGCCAUGAAGCUGCACGAGACCAAGAUCGCCUUCCUACGCUUCCUUCCGGACUUCAAUCUGAACCACCAGUUGCGCGUCAUCAACGAGAACUUCAUUGCCCGUCGACGCUCGGGACUGAUGAAGAACCUCCUCUGCGAGGACACCUUCUUUGUCUAUGCCAGCGCCGUGGGUUUCCUGGUCAUGGCAUUCUUCACCAUCGUGCUGGAGCACAAGUAUCUGCGUAAGCGACUACACGAUGGCCUCUGGAACUGGAAAUUACCGCAUAAGAAGUCCAACUCGACUGGUACCCUGCCCAGUACUCCGAUGUCGGUUAUUGAUGAUUGUGCAAAGGAAGAGAGGCGGGUUGAGGAGCUGAUCAAGACCCCAUCGCCGGAUUAUCCACUGAUUGUGAGUAAUCUUCGCAAGUGUUACCGGGACACGGUGGCUGUGGACGGAUUGAGCUUUGCAGCCGAGCGCGGCGAGUGCUUCGGUCUCUUGGGUGUGAAUGGAGCUGGCAAGACAAGCACAUUCCAGAUGAUAGCAGCCAAUUUGCCGCUGGAUAGCGGCAACAUACGCAUCCAUGACAUUGAAAUUCAAAAGGAUGAAGUGGCAUAUCGCCAUUGUUUUGGCUACUGCCCGCAGUACGAUGCCCUGAAUAAGUUCAUGACCGCAGAGCAGUGUCUGCACUACAUGGCAUUGCUUCGAGGACUGAGCAACGCCCCCGAGGGGCAAGCCAGCGUCAAGGAAAACGUCAAGUACUGGCUGGAGAAGAUGCAUUUGACCAAGUAUCAGCAGGUGCAAGUACGCCACUAUUCGGGCGGCACAAAGCGCAAGCUUCUGGCGGCAAUGGCCAUGAUUGGUGCUCCCUCAUUGGUGCUCCUGGACGAACCCACCACCGGCGUUGAUCCCAUUUCGAGAAGGUUCCUCUGGCAGUGCAUCAAGGACUUUCAAGGACAGGACCGCACUGUGGUGCUCACGUCGCAUAGCAUGGACGAGUGUGAGGAGCUGUGUAAUCGCUUAGCUAUCAUGGCACAUGGCAAGUUCAAGUGCCUAAAUAAUAUUUGUGCCCUUAAGCGAUUGAGCGGCUACACCAUAAAACUUAAAAUGAAGGAGGACACCGAAACGGAAGAGAAUGUGAGCACGAUCACCGCCACGCUGAAAGCGCAAUUUGCGGGACUGGAACUGCGCGAGAGCCAUGCCGGCACCCUCACCUACUUCGUAGGCACCCAGGAGAACGUGGUCCUCUGGUCGGACGUGUUCAAGAUAGCGGAGGACUAUCUGGCCGAUCGGUUAAGUGACCUCGUGGAGGACUAUUCUGUGAACGAGUGCACCCUGGAGGAUAUUUUUCUCAAGUACGAGAAAGAGUCAAAGUCACAGGCAGUGUCACGACAAACUUCGGUGCAACGAAGUCCCCAAAUCAACUACGUUUAAGGUGGCGGGUAGCAAUAUCACAAAGAACGAGUACAAGACUGCCGUCGUGGGGAUCGGGCACGCCAUUUCCGCGACACCAUCUAUCAUCUGUAUAAAUUCCACUUAACACUCUUCUCGACCAGUAUUCAUUUCGACUAAGAAUCUCUUUGCCCUUCAGAGGGUUAUCCUCUCGACGGCGGUCGAUUGUGCUUAGGGCUGUCGGCAGGAUCAUUGAACUUAACAUAUGUAUUUAACAUUAAUUAUAAUAAUCAAAAUAAUAAAGAACACAUUUUUAAAUAAACAUUAAAA